AAAGCUCAAUAUUUACUCUCUCUCUAACCCUCACUCACGCGUGCAUUCCGCACGUCUCUCUCUCUCUCUCUCUCUCUCUGAGGUUAGGGUUUUUCUCUUUCUGAAAUCGUCUCGAAUUUUCCAAGUCUCGAAGCUUCGUAUCGCCAUUCGAGUUGUUUCGGAUCGAAGAGCUUCGUCUCGGGCCGAACUUUGUGCAAGUUUUGCUGAAUUUCUGAGUUCAGUGUUUGGAGCUGAAGAUUUCCGAGAGAACAGAUUGAGGUUGAAAAAAUAGUUUGCAUCUGGUUUGGGUGAAGAAGAGUGAUGAUAGAGUAAUGGCACUAAAGGUUCCAGCUCCUGAAGCUGCUGAGAUCGCAAUUAGGGCAAUUGGUUGUGGAUACGAUAUAUCAGAAGAUCUAAGGCUCAAGUACUGUAAAGGUAACUCAAAAGUUUCGCGGUUGAUUGAGAUUGAUGAAGAUGGGGGUCGUGAGAUUGUUUUACCUGGUGGAAUUUUGAUCCCAAAUGUCUCCAAAUCAAUAAAAUGUGAUAAAGGGGAACGUACCCGGUUCAGGUCCGAUGUCCUCUCUUUCCAACAGAUGUCAGAGCAGUUCAAUCAGGAAAUAAAUUUGAACGGCAAAAUUCCUUCAGGCCUCUUCAAUACCAUGUUCGAAUUCUCAAGUUGUUGGCAGAAAGAUGCAGCCAACACUAAGACCCUUGCUUUUGAUGGGGUGUUCAUCACGCUCUAUACAGUUGCAUUGGAGAAAUCCCAGAUGGUACUCCGUGAUCAUGUUAAGAAAGCUGUUCCAUCAUCAUGGGAACCUGAUGCACUGGCAAGGUUUAUUGACACAUUUGGUACCCAUAUUAUUGUUGGUGUGAAGAUGGGAGGGAGGGAUGUAAUAUAUGUGAAGCAGCAGCAUUCAUCAACUCUUCAACCUGCUGAUGUACAGAAAAGAUUGAAGGAGAUGGCAGAUAAAAGGUUUUUAGAUGCCAGUGGACAAAAUGGCAUAGCUUCUGAAAAAGUGUACCAGAAUGAGAAGUUUGAAAUCAGGGAGCAGCGGCUGAGGUUCGCAGAUACCAGUCCAUCAAGUUCUUAUUCACACAAGGAGGAUACUUUAACCAUUUUCAAGAGGAGGGGCGGAAGUGAUAAUAGGCACCUAUCUCAUAAUGAGUGGUUACAAACUGUCCAGUAUGAGCCUGAUGUGAUCUCAAUGUCCUUCAUCCCAAUCACCUCUCUAUUGAAUGGAGUCCCAGGGAGUGGAUUCUUGAGUCAUGCCAUCAAUCUUUAUUUACGAUAUAAACCUCCAAUUCAAGAGCUCCACCAAUUUUUGGAAUUUCAGCUGCCACGGCAAUGGGCACCUGUGUUCAGUGAACUUCCACUUGGUCCACAACGGAAGCAGCAAAGCUGUGCAUCUUUGCAGUUUAGCUUAAUGGGCCCAAAGCUUUAUGUGAACACCACUCCGGUUGAUGUCGGCAAGAGGCCAGUGACUGGUCUCCGGCUUUAUCUAGAAGGUAAAAGGAGUAACUGUUUGGCUAUCCAUUUGCAGCACCUCUCAUCUCUUCCCAAAAUCUUCCAACUCGAAGAUGAUCCGAGUGGCAACUUCUGCCAAGAGCCCUUUUAUCGUAAAUACUAUGAGAAAGUUCAAUCGAAGUACUUCUCUCAUGUCUGCACUGCUCCUGUGGAGUCGGAUGAGGAUUUGUCUAUAGUAACUGGAGCCCAAUUUCAGAUUGAAAACCAUGGAUUGAAAAAUAUUCUCUUCUUGAGACUCCGCUUCUCGACUGUUUUGGGAGCUACAGUUGUGAAACAUCCCGAGUGGGAUGGAUCUCCAGGGCUGGCUGCUAAAUCUGGCCUCAUAUCAACACUGAUCAGCCAUCAUUUUACAACAGUUCAGAAGCCACCUCCACGGCCAGCUGAUGUGAACAUAAACUCUGCCAUUUACCCCGGAGGCCCUCCAGUACCCAUCCAAGCUCCUAAGCUUCUGAAGUUUGUUGAUCCAACGGAAAUGAUGAGGGGGCCACAGGAAACUCCUGGUUAUUGGGUUGUCUCGGGGGCUAGACUUCUUGUGGAGAAGGGCAGGAUUUCUCUCCGGGUUAAGUAUUCUUUGUUGACUGUAAUAUUACCUGAUGAAGAAGUGGAUCCGUAAAGGCGGAAAAAAGAAAAGGAUGUAUUGAAACCAAAACCAUCGAUUUUGGGAAAUAGAUGAAGUCCAAGAUAAGGAAGGGGAAGAAGAAAGGAAAGUGGAGGGAGGGCCAGGGUGAGCUUGGAAGCCGAAAGGUGAGAUCAAUGGUCGUUGUAUCGAUCUGUAUUUUCCUUAAUUUUUCCACCUAUGAUGUGAGGUGUUGUCUUUUCAAUGUAGAUUCUUACUGCAAUAUGGCAUAUCACGCAUAAACGGCUCAAUGUUGAAUCUUAGGUGUUGCAGAAGUUGCCAGCUUUGGUGUUGAUUGGGUGUGUGCUUGCCCAUGUUCGUGUAGAUAGGGUUGGGAAAAUGAAGGGAUACGAUGAGGAGUAGAAAUCAUCACCUAACAAUGUGAACAAACUGAAAUUGUUGUCCGACAGUUAGGAAUGUCAUACUGACGAUAAUUUUUUGA